GGCGUGGGAGUCAGAGAGACAGUGAGCUAAUACUUCAGCACCGUUAAAUGAUGGAAAAGAGGGCUGAUAGCAUAAGAGGGGAGGAGUGCUAAAAGGGCGGGAGAGGAAAAGAGUUGGUAGGUAGGAAAUGAAGGGGUGGGUUGAGAUGAGUAUAUAAGAUGCGUUGUGGAGAUUUGGGGAAUAUUCAUCAGGAUAAAGACGUAACUCCAAAACCUUUUCCUUCAUCCCGGUCGUUUACGCAGAGAGGCAGGUUGGAAGACCCGAGAUGAGGAGCCUCCUCCAGCUUGUGGCGCUCUGCGCCACCCUCUCCCUCUGUGUCUGCUAUGAUUCUCAUGAAAGCACAGAGUCCAGAGAAGUUCCAGAUCUGUUUGUGCGCCCAAAUCAAGCCAACUCGUUCAUCUCGAGCAACAGAUUCAACCAACUGGGCAGGAACCGCUUCAACUACUUCAUGAGGAGCAGAAAGCCUCAGUCAGAGAUCCGUGCAGAGACCUGCGAGGACUACUCUCCCUGUCGCCUCUACGCCUAUCGCUACGGCUACCAGCAGGCCUACCAGAGAUACUUCAGAGCACGACUCCCAACACAGCAGGCCUACAGACCAGCUGGGAUCCGCGGAUUUUAAAUCCACAAAAAGAGAACCCCAAACUGCUCAUUUAUUCCAGUAAUCGUCACGUUUUGCUACGUUUGUGUUUCUGUUGUUUUGUUUAAGGAGGAACUGACUGAAUCAUCCUGAGUGGUUUUUAUACUCAUUAAUCACACAUUCCAGCGUCUAUUAUCAUGUAUAAGCUUGGACUAUCUGUCCGCUGGCUGUUGUGCUACCUGCUCUCCUCUCAAUGAUCAAUAUAAGAAUAAAAUCCUCUCCUUCA